AUGGAUGAGGAGAAGUAUGACAGAAGUAUCCUAGAACGCCGGGGGUACAGACGGCCCAAUGACAUGACACCCCAAGCGACAACGAUGUCUUUACCCGAUUAUGUCGCAGACAAGGAAAUCUACUCUCGCCUUUCCAUGCGCAAUGCUGCGCUAAGUGAUGGAAGUGGGGCACUAGAUGCCGGAUAUGCCAAGCUAAGGCAAUGGGUUGAAGACUCUUUAGAUGCCUUUAAAAACGACCUAGGCAACUUGUUAUUCCCUAUUUUUGUUCAUUUAUACUUAGAACUCGUUUCUAAAGGCCGUGAUAAUGAAGCCCGUACGUUUAUGCGCACUUAUCAGAACGAUUUUACUGAGACUCAUUCUAACGAGUUAAGACAAAUAGAUAUGGUCCGUGAUUUAGCUAAUUUAAAAGAGAACACUUUAGCCUUAGCCUUUUUAGCCAAUAAGUACCAUCUUUCGAUGGGUAAGUAUGCAUUUGAUCUGUUUAUUAGCUUUCUAGAGGCCAAUAGUUUAGUGCGGAUGUUAAAGAUAGUUAAUCAGUUUUUGGACAUUCGGGUGUAUACGGGGAAGUUAGCUGAGGAAGUAGUAGAUAUAGGUAUUGCUGGUGCGACUGAGUUUGACUUUAAUCGGGCGCCAAUCCACAGUGGUGUGCACUACAUUCUGCCUAAGGUUGAAGAGUUGAUUUCCUCGGAGGAACAGUAUAAGUACGAGUAUUUAGACCAGUUCUUAUCUCUGUUGAAGAAGAAGCGAUUGGAGAACAUGCCUCCUCCAGUUGAUAGAAUUCCUUGUCCUUCUCCGGGUGCUUCGCAGAUAGCUGCAGAGAUAGAAAAGCUUCGGGACUUAUCUAAGCGAGUGAAUGUUAGUAAGAACCAAAUGCCGAGUAUUUGCUGCCAUACUGUGCACAAUACGUUUGAAGGUCUUUGUUGUGCUGAUUAUUCUAGUGAUAUGAAAUUGUUGGCUUUGGGGUAUCGAGACUCGUUCAUUGAGGUGCACUCUUUAACGGAAGAUUCUUUAUUGCGGCUUAAGCCUAGUAUUUACUUGAAAACUCCGGAGAUGCGAACGGGGAAGCCAGAUGAUUCACGGGAUGAUAUAGGAAAGGUGGCUAGACUGGUGGGACAUUCGGGCCCGGUGUAUAGUGUGAAGUUCUUUAAGAGCAAACGGUUUCUCCUUUCUUGUUCCCAGGACACGAGUAUUCGGUUGUGGUCACUAGAUACGUAUACAGAGAUAGCUAGUUAUCGCGGUCACUUCUUCCCGGUUUGGGAUAUUGACAUUGCUCCUAAUGACUACUACUUUGCCUCGGGAGGCAGUGAUCGUAAUGCUUGUGUUUGGGCGGUAGAGAGUGGUAAGCCUGUUCGGUUGUUUGCUUCGGCACUAAGUGAUAUUAUGUGUGUUAAGUUCCAUCCGAAUGGCAACUACUUGUUUACGGGUAGUUGUGAUUUUAAGGUGCGGAUGCAUGAUUUGCAGAGCGGGGAACUAGUGCGGCUGUUUGUGGGUCAUAAGGAUACAGUUUUGUGCUUGGACGUAUCUGCUUGUGGGAAGCAGUUACUAUCGGGAGGUAAGGAUAAGAGUGUUAUGUUAUGGGAUAUUGCUACGGGGGCAAUGUUGUUUAAGUAUGUGGGACAUACAGGGUUUGUUUUUUCAGUGAGCUUCUCUUUCUUCUCUUCUUUACUGGUCUCUUCGGCUGGUGAUAAUAGUGUGCGACUUUGGGACCGGUAUAAAGGUGAAGUUGUGGCCACUUACUAUACUAAGAGCACGCCAAUUAUUAAAGCGGCGUUUGGGCAUCGUAAUAUCAUUUGUUGUGUAGGCGCUUACUUCCCGAAGAGCAAAUAA